AAUAUCCCUUUCCAACGUAUUUCCUCACAUACUCCCAUCUAUCUAAUAAUAUUUUCAUUUCAUUUCAUUAUUCCUUCUUUUCCUUCCCUUUCCCCAUCACACCGUCCGAACAAUCUUCAUUUUAUGGAUUCCUCUGCAGUCGCUCAUGUAGCCCAUGACGAUGCAGACAACACCGACGAUUUCGCAAAGGCCAUCCAACAACGUUCUUUCGGUCCAGUUCCAUCGUCCAUCUUGACCAACUUCGACCCUGUACUGCCGUCGCCGAAGAGUAAGACUGUCCAAGGUCCAGCAUCUGCAGGCACGGAUGGGAGCCCGGGCGGCGGGAGCGCUGGUCCCAGUGCAGCAGCUCUGUUGUUGUCGAAACAAAUUCAGUAUCCUCCGGAACGUUUCCAAAGUGUCAACCCAGCCGACCUUGAGACUAUGGACGCCUUCAUUAUUGACAUUCGUCCACAUGCAGCCUAUGCAUCGGCUCGAAUCCCCAAUGCACUUUCAUUAUCGGUCCCAUCGACGUUGUUAAAACGACCCUUAUUUUCACUCCAUCGGCUGGCUGCGAUGCUACCAUCCUCAACGGCGAGACAACGGUUUAGCAAAUGGAGAGAGGCCAAGAGCAUCGUUGUGUAUGAUGCCGACACCAGCGGUGUCGUGCCGGGCGGUACCUUACCGGAAGGAAGCAACAUUUUGGGGUUGUUGAGAAAGUUCGCCAACGAUGAUUCUGCAGAACGAUUUGAAGGACAGCUAUGUUGGUUGAAGGGUGGUUUUCAGAGAGUGUGGAGAGAACGGAGGCAUCUUGUCGAUACAAGACCACCAACGCUCGACGACGAAGAAGAAGAAGAGAGUCACAAUACCAUAGACAUGAAGAAUCAUGCUACUGACAUUGCUGGCUUUAGCGCAAUGGCUGGAGGUGUCGCUAGUGCUGGUACUAAUGCAGCCUUCGCUACUGGGCCCUUACGACCACACAGUCUCCUUUUGUCCGCCUUCGAAUCUUCCUCCACGAUACCCCGUGCUCAACGAACAUUGCCUACACCGUCAGUUCCUGGCCGUCGCGACUCUAGGCGACCCACAUUGUCGUCGAUGGGCUACAAUCCGAUGUCGAUGGCUGCGAAUCCCUUCUUCGAUGCGGUAAGACAGAAUACAGAGUUAUCACAGGGCAUCACCGAGCGCAUACCCUUGCGACUACCGAAGCGAGUUCGACGACGUAUUCAGGAAUUACCAUUUCAGUGGUUAAAGGACAUUGGAAGGAGGGCUGAUGCUACGAACGAUCUAUCCUCCACUUCAGAAGCAUCUGAUUAUGGAUUCGAAUAUUCCGACUCGGAUGAAAGUGUCGGUUGUACACAACAGUCCAACAUUUCAUUCGGUGACGCUAGUAAUAUCCCUGUGAGAGUAGAUGAUGUCAAAGACGACCAAGAAGUAUCUUUAUCAUCGAAAGCAACUGAUACCGCGAUCGUAUCAUCUAGUUCAGCCAAUACAUCCAAUAACUCACCCAGUUCAGAUUCAAUGAACCUUUCCGAUUCUCUCUCCCUCCAAUCACCAGGCGUUGGACAGAACAAUUCGACUUUCAAUAGCUCGCUUUCCCCCGAUCCAGAAUUGCCUUCAAGCUCACCGGAAUCGUCAGACCUCUCAUCAAAUCCAGAUCCAGUCUUGGUCGAUGAGGGAAUGGAUAAUCUUGCCAUUCAAUUUUACAGGAUCGAGCUAGCUGAGCAAAAGCGGUUGAUGGGUAUCAUGCAACAUCAUUCGAAGGAGAGUGAAAUGCAGAAUAAGAGAGCGUUGGUGCAAACUCAGAAGUGGAAGGGUCAGACUCCAUCCAAUAGUGUGAACAUGGAAGGCGACCGGCAACAUGCGCAGAGUUCUGGGGAUGUGGAUAUGGAGGUUGAUUCCAUCCAAGAGACAGAACCGAAGAUUGCAGCAGAGUCCACUAGAAGAAGGACGAUGAGUUCGCCAACGGUAUCCUUUCCUUAUAGCAUCACGGCUGGCGUUGAGAAGGGUGCUAAGAAUCGGUACCGUCACAUUUGGCCAUUUGAACAUGCUCGCGUAAAGCUCUAUCAACGGCGGCCAGAUGAAAUUGCUUCUGGUUCCGAUCACGACACUUCAAAGUUGAUAUCUUCGCUCCCUCCUCCUUCAUCGAUCCCCUCUACCUUUUCAUCAUCAGCCAAACCCCUCAUUCCUUUCCCUAGUUCAAAUCCAGGCACAGUGCCCCCGUCUGGAUCUAAUAUAUCCCAACCUUCUCUCACCGCACCCUCGGCGCAAAACGCCCCGCGAUUUUUCGGAAUGAACCUCGGUGGGAUUGUUGCUCCUAGUGGGCCACUCACUGGACCGAUAUUUGUACCUGAAAGAAGUUCAAGCCCCUCUAAACCGUCUUUAGCAUGUGGUAAUACUCCAGGGUUCACACUCACCUUACCAAUGAAGAGUAAACGCACUUCAAGCCCUCGUCCUCCUCCGAAUCCCAAGCCUUCGAUGUCUUUAACACUACCUGGUGAAGUGGGUGCAAGCUCACUACCUUCGUCGUUCACACAGUACCGCAAUGCAAAUACAGUCGGUACUGGAGAAGAGUCAACGGCUACCGAAAGUGAGCGGGAAAGCGGUACUGACAAGACACACAAUGGUGUUCCAAGUGUACCACGUAAGAAGGACAACUCAGCGGAGCGGAAGAGGAAGGAAGAGGCUACCAGGCAAUGCGUGAAGGAGCCAUAUGACGACUAUGUGAAUGCGAGUUAUGUUCAACCGCUUUGUACCACUAGACGGUAUAUCGCUACCCAAGGACCUUUAGAGGCUACGUUUGUUGAUUUUUGGACCCUCGUUUAUCAACAAAACGUACAUGUUAUCGUCAUGCUCACGCGUGAAGUUGAGGGAUCCAUGGUGAAGUGUGGCGCUUACUGGAAAGACGAGUGGUACGGCCCUUUGCAGCUCAAGCUGGUCAGCAUUGAAGGCAAAGUUGAAAACGAACAAGAGCCCCGGAUGAAAAGUGGCAAUGAAGGGCCAGCAGCGGGAGGCUUCUAUUUUCCCGCCAUGCCUGAACCUGAGGCGGAAGAACAGAAAGGCAAGACCAAGAAGAAGUCGAAGAAGGUCACAAUCAAAGAUAAAAAGGAUUGCUCUGAGAAGGGGAAGAAGAGUAAAUCAAAAUCUUUCUCCACACGCUCUACCUCUCAUCCUUUUACCUCGCAUGAUGAUCAUCUACUUUCACAGUCUGACUUGCCGAUCAUAAAACGUACCUUCGAGCUUCGACAUACAGGACAUCCUGAUGUCCCUCCUAGACGGAUCGUACACUUUCAAUACUUGGACUGGCCGGACAUGAAUGUCCCAGAUGACCCCAGGGGUGUGUUGGGGUUGAUCAAGGAGGUGGACUCGGCCGUCAAAGAAGCCGAUAUACUUGAGCCCCACCCUGAUAGUGUCACGUCUGAAGAUGCGGACUCGAACAAAUCCGAUUCUUCGCCAACGAAAGCCACGGGCGUCAGGUUUUUCGAGGUGAAUCAUCCAAGGAAGCAUUCUCGGAAACCUUCAGAUCAGGAAAUUGAUAGGCUCACGGGGGUCGCAAAGCAUGCGUUGGGAAGGGAAAAUGCUCCUGUACUGAUGCACUGUUCUGCUGGUGUCGGUCGAACGGGAGGGUUUAUCGCUAUUGAUGCUGUCCUGGACGGGGUAAGGAGGGAGAUACGAAGAGUUAGAACAGCUGAGAAACAGGCAGCUCAAAAGUUGGACAAUGCCCGAAAAGCGCUUGUGGCCCGAACUGCGGAUAAUAUCAGCAUGGAUGCUGAGAUGAAUGACUCGAGUCCGAGUGGCAGUGGAGAUGUAGAUAUGGCCGACGCGACGAUUGAAACAGUGCCGAUACCAGCAGGACAUGGGACAGAUAUUUUGCACGUCGCUGUGCAUCGUGAGAUGGGUCCCAAUCCUCAUACAGGUCGUCGAAGCAAGCCUGCCGGUAACGGACCACAAACCCCGAUGCCGAUGCAAGUGGAUCCCAUGUCGUCGAAUGUUGAGACGCAGGAGAAGAUGAGGAAGAAACAACGAGAGGAGGCAGAUACGACGACGAGAAUUUGGAGUCAGGAUGUGUCUGAUCAAACAGGACAUUACGGGAGUGCCACCCGAGUCUCGCAAGUCGGAGAUUUUACUGAGCAUGGCGUCGGUUCUGGUUCUGUUAUAUUACCUCCCUCGUCGACAUCUUCCACGGUGCAAGCGGCUAUCGAUUCAGAAAUAUCUUCAGCUUCUGAUGACUCCUUCGGUUUUCCCAGUGGCUUUGACGUGAGGUUUUCCGGCAAGGGUACCUCAGCCGUUAUCAGAUCUUCACAAUUGACGCAGAAGAGUAUGGAUGGUUCGGCAACUUCGUUAUCGACGGGUAGUGGUAAUGUGAAUGCGCACGGGAGGGCCAAGGGCCACGGUCGAACAUCAUCAUCUGUGGCGGAAGCUGAUCUCAAAGCACGUUCGGCAUUCCGUGACCGUACGUCCUCAGCACCAUCAAGUCGGCCAGCAGCAGAAGCAGCUUUUGCUACCGUUGAGGGGACUAAUCGCAAGCCCUUUGCCGCAUCCACUACUUCUCGCUCUCCCGCCUCUCCUGCUCCCUGGGUAUUGACUGAGGCUGAGAGGAGAGCCGAUUCUUCACCUGCGCCUUCUUUGGCAACGGAUGCACCCCCGCCAUCUAGAUCGCUUUCCCCAAUUCAGCCGCAUGCUAACGCGUCAUGUCUGUCUAGAGUAAGUAGUAUUCACACCAGCACGAGUGGCAGCAACAGCGGCGCUACAGGCCUUCGUCGCCAAAUAGCGAAUAGAGGGUUGGAUUCCCCUCCCACCGUCGGUUCAAGUGCCGAGUCAGGUUCAGGCUCAGGAGCUGCCUCGGUACCGUCAACUACGGGGAGUGGAUCUAGGAAUUGGUCGGGUACAGGUUCCGUGUCCGCAUCUGGUUCACGGUCGAGGUCGAUGUCGACCUCUCCUCCAGAGGCUGGCGUUCCUCCAACUGCCAGCACGGCUGACGUUGGUUCAAAAUCGCUACUGGGGUUCAACAAAAAGCUGGACAAGGUUGCUUUGGAGGCAGUGACAUCAAAACUGAAAAGUACCGAGCUUCAGCGGGCCGCCUUUGAUUACAACGAGCCUCGGCCUCUUCACCAACAUGAUUCCCCCUUGGCCUUGAGUAUGUUCAAGAUGCCGCUGUGGGAGGUUGUGCAGGACAUGCGGGAGCAGCGGAUGAGUUUGUGCCAGAGCUUGAGGCAGUAUGUCUUUGUCCACGCGGUUGUUAUCGAGGGCGCGUUGAUGAUAUUGGACGAGGAGAAUGAGAAGGAUGGCCAACCCCGGAAAAAGUGGUCGCACAAGAGCAAGAGUAGAAGAAAAGCUUCGAACAAGAAAUCUGUUGUUGACAAAUUCAGGUCUGACGUACUAUUGCCGAAGUCGAAGACUUCGACUGACGCCUCGUCAUUCACCUCUUCGAUUCGCUCAAAGACCAAUAGUGGUGGUUCGGGCAGAUCUUCGGGUACGACGGGGAGCAAGCGUCAAGCAACCCCUACGGAACUUCCGCAAGUGGAUAAGAAAGGCGGACAGCUUCUUCACAAGAAACCCAGCCUCAAGCGCAAACCAAAUACAUCGAGUGACGAGUCUCUACCCUCUCAGCAGGCUCUGCAACACUUUUCGCCGUCAUGAGUUCUGGCUCCUAUGGACGGCUGGUUCUCGUGUUCAGGCCUUCAGAACCAAAUAUGAGAACCGAAAUAGACCCCUGUUGUUUACCGUAGAACCCUCUGCCUUCUUUCGUACCUUUUUUCUCUCUUUUUUAGGUUCUCCCCUUGCUUGGGGAUGUCGUUUAUCUUUGGUUUUCAUCUUGUUUCCGGUCUCCACUUUGCAUAAUCGUAAACUGAUCACCCGCACAAUCCAAAUCGUAUAUCGCAACGCCAUCUCAUCAUUUUUCACUUGGAUAUCACUGUUAAAUAGGUUCUGCUUGUAUAAUAUAUCCCAGAUUCAAUACGUCUGCAUCACUUGUUCUAAUCUACGUCGUGGA